UCUGUCGGGUCACUGGGCCGGCGGCGGGGGGACUAUGGCUCUGAAGGACACGGGCAGCGGCGGCAGCACCAUCCUGCCCAUUAGCGAGAUGGUUUCCUCGUCCAGCUUGCCCGGCGCGUCGGCCGCCGCCGCCCCGGGGCCCUGCGCACCCUCGCCCUUCCCUGAAGUAGUGGAGCUGAACGUAGGCGGCCAGGUUUAUGUGACCAAGCACUCGACACUGCUCAGCGUCCCGGACAGCACUUUGGCCAGCAUGUUCUCGCCCUCUAGUCCCCGUGGCGGCGCCCGGCGCUGGGGCGAGCUGCCCAGGGACAGCCGGGCGCGCUUCUUCAUCGACCGGGACGGCUUCCUUUUCAGGUACGUGCUGGAUUAUUUGCGGGACAAGCAGCUCGCGCUGCCUGAGCACUUCCCCGAGAAGGAGCGGCUCCUGCGCGAGGCCGAGUAUUUCCAGCUCACCGACUUGGUCAAGCUGCUGUCGCCCAAGGUCAGCAAGCAGAACUCGCUCAACGACGAGGGCUGCCAGAGCGACCUGGAGGACAACGUCUCGCAGGGUAGCAGCGACGCGCUGCUGCUGCGCGGGGCGGCGGCCGCCGUGCCCUCGGGCCCGGGAGCGCACGGUGGUGGCAGCGGCGGCGGCGCGCCGGACAAGCGCUCGGGCUUCCUCACGCUGGGCUACCGGGGCUCCUACACCACCGUGCGCGACAACCAGGCCGACGCCAAGUUCCGGCGUGUGGCGCGCAUCAUGGUGUGCGGGCGCAUCGCGCUGGCCAAGGAGGUCUUCGGGGACACGCUCAACGAGAGCCGCGACCCCGACCGGCAGCCGGAGAAGUACACGUCCCGCUUCUACCUCAAGUUCACCUACUUGGAGCAGGCCUUUGAUCGCCUGUCCGAGGCCGGCUUCCACAUGGUGGCGUGUAACUCCUCUGGCACCGCCGCCUUCGUCAACCAGUACCGCGACGACAAGAUCUGGAGCAGCUAUACCGAAUACAUUUUUUUCCGACCACCUCAGAAAAUAGUAUCACCUAAACAAGAGCAUGAAGAUAGGAAACAUGACAAAGUCACUGAUAAAGGAAGUGAAAGUGGGACUUCCUGUAAUGAGCUCUCCACUUCCAGUUGUGACAGCCAUUCAGAGGCAAGCACUCCCCAGGACAACCCAUCCAGUGCCCAGCAGGCAACAGCUCACCAACCUAACACCUUAACAUUGGAUCGCCCUUCUAAAAAAGCACCUGUGCAAUGGAUGCCCCCACCAGACAAACGCAGAAACAGUGAACUCUUUCAGACACUCAUCAGCAAGUCCCGGGAAACAAAUCUGUCCAAAAAGAAAGUCUGUGAAAAGCUAAGUGUGGAAGAAGAAAUGAAAAAGUGUAUUCAGGAUUUUAAAAAAAUCCACAUUCCAGAUUAUUUUCCAGAGCGCAAACGCCAAUGGCAAUCUGAACUGUUGCAGAAGUAUGGGUUAUAGUAAUUAUCACAUUCCUGCAGUAUUUUGAUGGCAUUCAAUGUUUACUACAGUGUCACCACCUGACUGAUGUCCUAACAAUGGUCAGUGUGAUUCUUGCUGCUCUUCCUUGUUGUGAACAGUGGAUGUGGGACAGUAUUUUCUUUUAUUCUUUUGUUGUUGUUUUUAGAAACAUGAUUAAAAAGGAGAAAAAAUAAAUCAAUAAGUGUUAAAUCAAAAUGGAAUAUCUGAUUCAAACCAUUUUACAAGAAUGAAAGUAAAAUGUGCAUGAUCAAGCUUAGAAUCUUGGUUUUUGAACUCUGGUCAACUGGAUAUGUUUGUCAUUUUGUAACUUACCAAAAACAAACCAUCAUAUCAUACCAAAUAAAAUGACUUAUGGAUGAAGCAACAUCAAGUAAAAUUUUAGACGAUGGUUAUAGGACCCAAAUCUAAAGCUGUCUAAAUGUUAAUGCAAUAAAACAAGUAUUAUUUUUGCAUGAAUACAAUGUUACAAAUAAAUCACAAGAAAUAGGGAAGAUCUGUUUGUUGCUUGGAAAGAAAAAAUUUACAAAAAAAGCAAAAAAAAAUGUUUUAGACAAAGCCUAUAAAUGUAAGCUGUCUAGGAGAUUGAAUUUUCUUUGUUCGGAUCUGUGACUUUUUUGUGUAUGUGUAUGGUGUUUAUGUAUGUUAAGAUGGUGUAAAUAUGCCUUAUACUGUUAUUUAUGGCAUCAACAUUCAUUUAUUAAUGCUAGUCAUGAUUAUUACUGUGAAAUGAGUCUUUUACAUCAGGCUGUGAAAAUUGGUAUAAUGAUGCUUUGAAAGCUCCUAUUAUCAUGUUAAUCAAAAUAAUAGAGGGAAAUGGUAAAGAGCUUUACGUAUUUAUUAAAAAAAGAAAAAUGUA